AUGAAGGAUAUCUCAAAAAGAAUCUUUGAAAAAGAGAAUUAAGCAGAAGUAUCUAAUGAUCCUAAAUAAUUGAAUAAAUCAUUGACUUAAUUGGUAUCAUUGACAAUGAUAAACAAUACUCGAAGUAUGAUGAUGUUUUAUUUUACUUUUUAGAAAAUGAACUUAAGAGUAUAGAUAUAAAGAAUAAUAAUGUUUCAAUUAGACCACUUGUAUUUUGUAAGCCUGAGUAAAAAGUUUAGGUAAAAACAAUAUCAUCUCCAUAAAAAAAAUCAACAGAAAAGCGUAGUUAAUCAAAAGAAUUAAGUAAUUUAAUAUUGAACUACUCUGAACCUAUCUUAGAGUAUUUUUAAGAAUUAAAUGUAUAUAAUACAUUAUAAGUUUAAGAUUUAAAGUCCUAAAAAUAGUUUAUAGAAUCAUUCAAUAAAUGCUAAUUUGAGAGCUAAAAUGAUUGAUUGGAUUGUUGAAGUUGUUUCAUCUUACAAAUGCAAAGAUUAAACUUUUUAUUUAUCAGUAAGAUUGAUGGAUUUAUAUUUAUCUAAAACAACUUAGAAACAUGUUUCAUCAGAUUUACAUUUAGUAGGAGUUACUUCAAUGUUUAUGGCUUGUAAAUAUGAAGAAAUUUAUCCUGUUAAAUUAUCAAUAGUUCAUGAAAAAAUAGCACAUAAAAAAUUAACUAAGGAAGAAAUAAAGGACAAAGAGGCUAAUAUUUUAUAAGUUAUAGAUUUCAAUUUAAAUGGAGCUACUAUAUUAGACAUUUUAGCAAUGGUUUUGUCAAUAUUGAAUCUUCAUUAAUAGUUAUAUGAAGCAGCUGAUUUCUUAGCAAAAUUAGUAUACAUUAAAUUAAAUAAAAUAGGCUUUAUUUGAUUAUGAAUUUGUCAAUAAAUAUUCAUAUUUGGAGAUAGCAUGUGCUGUUUUAAUUAUUAGUACAAAAACAAUAGAAUAGAGUGAUUAAAGUUUAUCAUCGGAAGUGACAGUUCCAUUGAUUAUUUCAACAUUGAAAUUAAAUUAUUAGGAUUCUAUUAAGUGUGCUACUCGAUUACUAGAAUUAUCAAAGGGAUUUGAGAAACAGUUUCCUAAUUUAGAAAAUCUUAAGAAAUUCAGUAAGUUUCGAAUUUCAGACAUCAUGAAGACAAAAUGUUGA